AUGUUUCAAAUUUGCAUAAUUAGUUGUGCCGAUGAUAGCGCCAAUACAGCCACUGUCACUGCUACCAUCAGCCCUAAGGACUCAAAUCCCACUUCUGAGACCAAAGUCAUAGAAAUAAAGGUGAAUAAUGAAACGAAAGGUUCCGAUGCGAAAUCUUCGGAUAUUAAAGUUGAGGAAGCGAAGCCUAAUACCAGUGACGUGAAGGACUCACCGAAAACCAAGGACGCGACCAUCGCCACAAUCACUGUAAACAUCCCGAACCAGAACGAGCAGAAAAUAGAGAUUAAAAAUGUUGAUACUACUCUUCCUAUUAGCGAUAAGGACUUCAAAAAUGGACCCGGUAAGGAGGACGAGGACGUCAAGGACAAAGAUGAAACAUUUUUAAUGAAAAUAGUCAGAUUUAUAAAGAGCGACUUCAGGUUCUUGGUUAGAGUUGGAGCAGUGCUGUCAUCAAUACUCACUCAGAUGAUUCCUCUCAACUGCUUGAUAACAAUAAGGAAGGACAAGUCGACUAGAAAUCUUAAGUCGCUCAAUUUCAUCACAUCGGCCGUUUCCUCACUUCUAUGGUCGCUAUACGCAACGUUAACCACAAACUGGAUUCUCAUCUUUUCAAACUUUCCAGUUAACGCGUGCUCAGGAGCCAUCAUCAACUUAGUCGGAAUUUGGAUGUUCUCUAAGUACUGUACGGACCAGACACAGAGACUAAUUUUAAACAUAUCGAGUAAAGUGUCCUUAGGACUCGCCGUACUCCUGCUCAUUCUGUACUUUGUGCUGUCGUUCCCUGCCUUUUUGACCGUGGUCGGUCUGUUCGGAGGGUCACUGCUUGCAAUAUCGUACGUGUCACCGCUGGUGUCCAUCAACGAGAUAUUGCAGUCGAGAAACACGUCGACGAUGCCCACUGAGAUCUCAAUAGGCAACUUCAUAUGCGCGUUCUUCAUGUUCUGCUACGGGUUCAUCAUUUGGGAUCUGCUGGUCAUCGGCCCGAACUUUCUGGGAGUGCUGAGCGGGUUCGUGCAGCUAGUCCUGCUGUUCCUGUACCCUCAUACAGAUAGGAUAAUCAUAUCUGAGGUUGAGAUACUGGAGCAGCCGAACAACUUUAAGUCUAUCUUAACGGCAGACGAAGAAGUGUGA